ACUGAGCGAGCGUCCCGACAACCUCAUCAGGCUCAUUCUUCAGCGGUGUGGUCCCGUGGUCAGCUGGAAGAGAGUGCAGGGUGCCAACGGCUGGCUCCAAGGCUUUGGCUUCUGCGAGUACGGCGAUCCCGAGUCGGCCAUGAGGGCUAUUCGUAUCCUGCAUGACUGGGAGAUUGGAGACAAGAAACUAGUGGUGAAAGUGGAUGCCAAGACCAAGGAGAAGCUGGACGAAUACAAAGCCUAGCAAGCGAACUACCUCUGGGCAGCAACAGCAGCAGCAGCCUGGUGGUUCGACGGACAGCGCUCCGGCUGCUGACGGUGCAAACUCCGAAGCCAAGCCGCAGCCAACGGACGACAUAGAUGAGGCCGCCUGGCGCCAGGACAGAGACACGCGAGAGGCCAUUCUACACCUGCUGCGUUCGCACUCGGGCGAGCUCAGCCGAGGCACCGAGCGAGAGGCAGACAGGAGUAACAAUGCCACAAAAUCACCACGUAACACUCGACGUAACAGCCCUGAGCCUGAGAGAGAGUACAAGUCCAGCAAAAACCAUCGUCUGAUGCAAGAACUGGAUGAAAUGGACAUUGAAGAAGACAAGCGGAACCUAAUCACUAGGGAGAUCGACAAAUUCCGGGACACGUACAAGAAACAGCAGGAGGAAGACCGCGAUCGGGAGCGGGAGCGGCGCCGAGAGCGCAAGGAGCGGCGGGAUCGGGAGCGCAGUCCCGACCGGUCAUCGCGCGCCCGCGACAGGGAGCGCACGACGCGCGAUUCGGCCAAGGAAGACCGGGCCGAUGAGAGGUCCAGCCGGGACCGGGACCGUGAGUCGUCCCGCGAGCCCAAGCCAUCAUCAUCGGACUCUGCGCAGCCAGCUUCGUCGUCGCAGCCGCCACCCUCGCGGUCGGACAGGGCGCCUUCCAAGGCUCGCUCGGAGUCUCCCGAGCGCGACUGGGUACGGGAGCGAGAGCGGGAAAGGGAACGGGAACUACGGGAGGUAAUGAGGCCCCGAGACGCUGAACGGGACUGGGAGCGCGAAAGGGAAGAGGAGGAGGAAGCGUACGAGCGCAAGAAGCUGGAGAGGAAGCUGCGCGAGAAGGAAGCCGCCUACCAGGAGAGGUUACGCAACUGGGAAGCCCGAGAGCGAAGGAAAGCCAAAGAGUACGAAAAGGAACGGUUAAAGGAAGAGGAGAAGCUGGCAGAGGAGGCAAAGGAGGCACGCCGACUGAAGGAGUUCCUGGAAGACUAUGAAGACGAGAGAGACGAUGUCAAGUAUUACAAGGGAGCGGCCCUGCAGCGGCGCAUGAAAGACCGCGAGAAGGAGAUCGAGCUGGACAACCGCGACCGACAGCGAGAACGUGAGGAGCUCGAAGAUCUCCAGGUGAAGCUGAAGGCCGAGGGCCACCCCGAUCCGGUGGCGGAGGCCAAGCGCAUCCACCACGAGGAGGAGGUCCGCCUUCUCAGCACACAGCCACACCUAGUGCCCGUGGUGCGGCCAGAGCCACCCGAGCCCGAACCCGAGCCGACCAGGGGUGGCCGAAACCACCCGUCCUCGCCACCUCCGGCGCGACGGCCUUCGCAGCACAGCCGGGCGCUGCCCCAGUCGCCCAAGGCCGAGCCGCGAUCGCCGCCCCCGCGCCGGGAGAGUUCGUCGACACGCCGUACGCGGUCACCUUCACCAGUUUCUGCGGCACCCCCUGUGGUGAAAGUGGAAGAGGAUGGCAGUGGCCAGAACAGCCUGUCCGGGUUCUCGGACGUGGCAACCCCACAGGAGGAAGGACGGAGCAUGGGUUUCGGUGUGCUCAAGUUGGGCGGAAGUCCUGGCCAGACGAGCGGCCGCAAAAGCCCUACGUCGAGCAGCAAGCGCAAGAAGCUGUCGGCGGCAGCAUCGCAAGCGUUUGGCAACGGCGAAGAGGAGGAUUCGGCCGAGGCGCGCAAGAAGCGCAAGCUGGUGCCCCUGGAGGACGAGGAGGCCCACAAGCAGCUGGAUCCGCAACAGCAGCAGCAGGUGCAGCACAUGAACACAGGAGGAGAAGCGCAAGCACAUCAAGAGCCUCAUCGACCGCAUACCCACCUCCAAGGAGGAGCUCUUCAACUUCAACUUCGACCGAAGCCUCGUGGACAAUGCGUUGAUGGACAAGCGGAUCCGGCCGUGGAUCAACAAGAAAAUUAUCGAGUACAUCGGCGAGGAGGAGCCCACACUGGUGGACUUCAUCUGCUCGAAAGUGCUGGCUGGCAGUGCAGCGCAGAGCAUACUCAACGACGUAUCCAUGGUGCUGGACGAAGAAGCGGAGGUGUUUGUCGUCAAAAUGUGGCGGCUUCUCAUCUACGAAAUCGAAGCCAAGAAAGUAGGAUUGGUGAAGUGAUCAGACCCUGUACAUUACUACUCCUUUCAAAAAAACUCUUUAGGGACCUUUUUUUUUUCUCUUUAUACAUAUAUAUACAUAUAGGUAUACGCAAGUGGCUGUUUCGUGGACAUUCUUUUGUGACAAUCUUCUUCAUAGGUUUGUUACAAAAAGAAAAAGACUACCAACCACUACAACUGCCACGUCUAAGGGCUGUAAAUAUCAUCGAUUCUUCCACUUCUUCGACCUCAUCUCUUCAUCGUACGAUGCAUCGGCGCUGUUUUGAGCUCAGCAGACGAGAAGACUGUUGGAGGGAAAAUGUGGAAAAGAGCUUGCGGAGAAAAACCUUCAACGGAGGGACGCACAUAUUUUCUCCUUUCGAAGCUCUACCAUUGUACCUAUGCUAUUUCUAUUGUAGAUGGCCUGCAUUCUUAUAUUAUUAGUGCCACCUCCUGUUGUCUCUUUUUUUUUUGUCCCUUGUUCUAUUUAAAAAGUGGAAUGCUCUUCUUUUCUUCUUUUACUUGUCUAUACUGUUUCUGUUUAAAGUGAGCAGGCUAAGUCAUUGUUGAUUGUACAAGUGUCAUUUGAAAAAAUGUGAAUGCAGUUGCCGUUAUCCGUUACCUCACAUUGUUAUGACACGCCUCUUCGCCUGUGCAGUUUAUCUAUUUCAUUUGACGAGGAAAUAUGGGCUGGUUAGUUCAUUUCCGAAUGGCCAAGGGUGUGUGACGUAAACCUCUUUUUUUUUGUUGCACAGUAAAAUGCAUGCUGUAUAUACCGCCUGUUGUAUUGUACACCUGAGAGGCGGCAGGAUACAUUGAAAACAUUAUUUUGCGUGGCGAUUAACAUCCGUAACUUCACAAGAGCCUUUCUAAAUUUUGUGGGGCUGUUGUAGUCGCCCUGAAUACAAUCCUCAAAACUUGUUCUGAACUUGUCUGUAGCCUAGGUCCUCCGCAUUGCAGAAGAUGGUACUUUGCUGCAACUGCUUCGCAAAUGAUUCUGAAGGAUUUACUCAGACUUAACAUAGCAAAAAAAUUAAAAAACCUAAACAAAAAAAUAUUGUUUGAAUGACGAACUCACCUGGCUUUCAGAACAUUUUUGCUUUGCGAAGUGCAAACCAGAGCCUUAACUAAAGGCUUUUCUAAAGCAAAGCAGUCUUCAUCUUUUAACAUCAUAGGAAAUUCCGGGCACGUCACAUUCAUCACUUUGGGAGGUUAAACUUACUCUCCUAAAAAAAAAAAAAAAAGAUGUGUACGUCUAAGAAAAACUGGAAACACUUGCGAAAUUGCACUUUGUGAAGGACCUUGCUUUGAAAUGUACUGGUGAAAAUAAAGCAUUUAGGGCAACUUCCCACAAUUCAGUGCACAGGAUGUGUGCAGUGGUGUUUUGCUGGUUUUUACUGCAUCCGUGAUGCAGUACCUAUUUAAUGUUUCUUGUGGCGUGAUCCGAUGUAUAGGUUAUGCAUCUUGUAUAUGUUAAUUACACUGUGUCCUGAGGUGCCCCCUUGCCCUAUCCCAAUCCUUCUUGUCUCUGUGUCGUUGUUUUGUUCUCGCGCUAUAACUAUCGUCAUGCCAUACCAACUAGCCCAAGCUGCCACACUUCCAAUCCUUGUGUAUUGGCAUUAACAGGGAGGCAGUUGCUGUGCAUUUCCUGCAUUGCAAAGCGCAACCUUGGGUUUACGUUUUGGUUUCGGCUAACAUUCUCGACGCGCGCCACGUGUGUGCUAUGCAAGGAGUUCUUUUGCGAGAGUCAUGUACUGUAAGCAAACACACAGCCACAGAAUAGAUGUUUGUGUUGCAGUUCUUCAAGAAAGCAUGGCGAGAAAUUUUUUCGUUAAUGUUUUAGCCACACAAUACUUUAUGCUACAAGGAAGCAUCUGCACAGAAACUUGUGCAUAGACUCGUUUGGCCCAACUAUGUUGGGUUGUAUGAACAUCUCUGUGCUCGAAACGAUUAUUUUAGCUAUGUUGGCAAUCUCUUUAGUUAUGCUUGAAUAAGUGCUUUUGAUUGCACAGUAUGUAAUAUAGCUGGCGAACCAUAGAGGGAGUUGCAACGCUUAUUGCGACACUUGCGAUGCAGUCUGUCUCAGAAUUACUAAAAAGGACAGUAUCUCAAAGGGCAAAGAUGCAUUGUGUUCUAGUGGCAGUUAGAGGACAUGGUCCACACAAUGCUGCUCAUCGGACAGCCUAAGAUGAAAAACUUGUUCCAUAAUUGUGUAUUGCUUUCUGGCAUCCGUCACGCACUUGGGUAUCUUCCUACAUUUUAUGCCCGUAAAUACUUUUUGGACUUCUGUGUACUGCAAGCCAAACUUCAAGAGCGAAGGAUGCUAAUGCCACAGGGGUGGCCUCUAGUUCAGUUGGAGGGGACAUUGUAUUAGAAGGUUAUGCCUCUUGAUAUGCAAAUGGGGAGUCAUUUUGGUGGCCUGAAGACUUGCAGCGCAGUGAAUGAUCCCCCUCUCCAUCUCCCCUUUUUUUGUGUGAGCUUUGUGUCCCCCCUGCAGAUCCAGUGGAGUUGUCAGUGUUUGUGCGGAGGAAGCAAGGUUGUGUACAGACACCUCUAAUAAAAGCGGAAAAAGCCACA